CGUGCCUUCGGUUUCGAUUCCCGUCGAGCUCGGCCGAGGGGCGGUGACGCGUCCCCGCCUCGCUCCUGCUGCUGUUCCCACUCCCGCCCCGCUCCUGCCGCAGUCCGCUCGCGUCCCGUCCCGGGCGGAGGAGCGGGAUGUGCGAUCCGGCCGUGUCCAGUUUCCUCACCCAGACGCUGUGCGCCCAUGGCGGGCGGCUGGGGCUGCGGGAGCUGCAGGAGAACGUCGGGCUGUCGGCGCUGCAGCUGCAGAACACGCUGUCGGCGGCGGGCCCCCAGCGGUUCCUGCUGGUGGAGGGCGGCCAGGUGGUCCUGGCCGUGACGGACGCGCGGGUCUGUGUCCGCAAGGAGUGCGACGGCUGCGAGCGGCUGCACCUCUGCAAGCAGCACCUCAUGGGCAGGUGCCACCUGGGGCCCAGCUCUUGUAAGUACUCGCAUGACAUCAUGAAUGCGGAGAACAAGAAAGUUCUAAAAAAACAUGAUUUGUCUGGCCUCAGUGAGAAUGAGCUGCAAGUCCUGCUUCUCCAAAAUGAUGCGUUCUUCCUCCCUGAUACCUGCCAGUUAUACAACAAAAAAGGUUCUCACUGUACACAGCAAAGCAACUGCAACAAGCUUCAUGUUUGUCAACACUUUCUCAAGGGGAGGUGUAAAUUUCCUCGAUGCAUAGUUUCCCAUAACCUCUUGGAUGACCAUGCACUGAGGGUGUUGGAAACUGUAGGCAUUGAUGGGAAGAUAGCUUCAAACUUCCAGGCUAUAUAUGUUUACAAGCAUAUGGAAUUCAACAGGGAACCAAAGAAGGUGUAUGUACACAACUACAGAAAUAAUAACUGGAAAAAGCCAGCAGUUAGAAUGAUUAAAGAAGUGAAGACAACUUUGGAAACAGUGCAAUGCAUGAUGGAUGUGCCACCUUCAGUAGGUCCCAAUAGCACUGGAGCUGCCCAGAGCCGAGAGCAGUUGCCAACAGGAGUGGGAGAUAAAGAUAAAGGAUUGUCUGCAAAUUCAGCACCCAAUAGCACCGGACCUGCCCAGAGCCGAGACCAGUUGCCAACAGGAGUGGGAGGUAAAGAUAAAGGGUUGCCUGCAAAUUCAGCACCCAAUAGCACUGGAGCUGCCCAGAGCCGAGAGCAGUUGCCAACAGGAGUGGGAGAUAAAGAUAAAGGUCCCAAUAGCACUGGACCUGCCCAGAGCCAAGACCAGUUGCCAGCAGGAAUGGGAGAUAAAGGUAAAAAGAACAGUUCCUCUGAUGAAGCUUCAAAAGACAACAAAAAAGAUAACUGUGAUGAGAUCUGUUUGUUCUAUGUCUGGAAGUACUGCAGAAACAAGGAUAGAUGCAAAUCUGUUCAUUACCAUUUGCCAUAUAAAUGGGAGGUACAUGAUGGGUUGAACUGGAAAGAACUUUCCAUGAUGGAGGAAAUUGAAAAGGCCUACUGUGACCCAAAGAACAGCAGCUUGCCAAGUAAGAACAUUAAUUUCCAGACAAUGACCUGCUCUUCUUCUUUGAUUCGACGCCUCUCUACACCAUCAUCAGUCACAAAACCCACAUUCCUACUGACCACACAGUGGAUUUGGUACUGGAAGAAUAACCAAGACAAGUGGAUUGAGUAUGGAGAACCAGAAGAAGGGACCAGCACGACCUCACCAUCUUCUGCUAUUAUUGAGAAUUUGUAUCAAGCAGAUCCAUGUGCCAUUGUACCUUUCCAGGCUGGCCAACAUCAGUAUGAACUCAAUUUUAAAGAAAUGAUUCAGACAAAUACUCAUUUUAAAACUCGAAGACAGGUUUGCAGGCGACCAAAAUUCGUGUCUUCUGAAGAUGUGCAGAAGAUAAAGACAGGCAGCCAGAGGGAUUCAUCUAUUCCAAAUCAGACCUGUCCUAGUCACUGGGAUGCAUCUGCACUGCCUGACUUCGGAUACAAGGCAGUGGUGAUCAGCAACACAACCUCUGAAUACAAAGAAAUAAAGCAGCUGUUUCAUCAGACGAUGAAAAAUUACAGCAUCCUUAAAAUACAGAGGAUUCAGAAUCCAUCCCUCUGGAAGGUGUUUCAGUGGCAAAAAGAAAAGAUGAAAAGGGAAAAUGGAGGAAACGAAGUCCAGGAAAAACGCCUGUUCCAUGGGGCUGACGUCACCUUCAUGGAAACGAUCUGCAGUCAGAACUUUGACUGGAGAAUUUGUGGAAGCAAUGGAACUAACUAUGGGAAGGGAAGUUACUUUGCUAGAGAUGCUUGCUAUUCCCACACCUACUGUCAGGCCACGCUGCAGGGACACUCCAUGUUCGUGGCUCGUGUUCUGGUUGGAGACUACGUGAAAGGCAACGCCGCCUUCGUCCGGCCCCCAAUGAAGUGUGCUGCCAAGCUGUGGUUAUAUGACAGCUGUGUGGAUGAUGAGUUCAAUCCUGCUGUUUUUGUUGUCUUUGAAAAACACCAGAUUUACCCAGAGUACAUAAUAGAGUAUAGAGAAGAGAGAAUAAGAGAGCAGAAAGAGACGGGAAUAAAUGUGCAGAAAGAGACAGGAAUAAGACAGCAGAAAGAGACAGGAAUAAGAGUGUCUAGAGAGGAGGGAAGAAAAUGUGUUAUAUCUUAGAGGAACGUGGCAGUUUGUGUCCCUCAUCUUGUUUUUCGUGUUGCAGGUGUUCUCCUACUUGAAGACUUUUUUCUUUUUAACACAGUUCUUCAGAAUGUUAAUCCAAUUUUUGCAUUGAGGAGGGCUGACAAAGCAGAUGUUACAUUUGUUGUGACUGCCUUAUCUUUUUCUCUUCCUCUCUUAAAUGAAGUACAGACAUUUUGAUAAUUAUAGCAGAAAAAUCAGAAUUGUGGGAUGGGAAAUUGAAUGUUACGACUGCUGUGGGCAAAUAACUGUAAAUGCAUCAUCUAAAAAAAAUAGAGAGGACUUCUCUUUGCAAACAGUUAAAAGAAAAAUUACCAGUACAGUAGUUUUAAAGGAAGCUUUCAGAUUUUUAGUAGUCAGAGAUUCUUUUCAGUGCAGAAUUCAUCUGUUCUUGAUCCCUCUCAUCUGUCAUUAUUAUAAACAACUCAGUGUAGGUAAUAAUGACUUGAGUUUGUUUUCAAAGCACUGCUUGUUAAUGCUGGUACAUGUUUUGAGUUAAAAUGAUAAACAAAAAAAGAAAAAGCAUAUUUUAAAUCCAUGUUGUUAGUUCUCGAGAAUUUUCAUCUGUACAAUGGCAGAUGGAUCAGAAAAAUGUUGGAUCAGAUUCUUUGUGGAAAUGAGCAGUUACUUGCUGUAACCUACACAAAAGCAGAGCUCAGCUGAAACUGUGAAAGCCACCACAUGUGAGUAAGCAGAUACCAAAAAUUUGGUGGUUUGGCUGCAACUAAUGGCAUAAAGACACAAAGGCUGUGUCCCAAUGAGCCAGGCUUUCCAGUGGGUGUGUCCACGUAGCACAGUAGGACAGGAGAAACUUCUUAAGGAUCAUGGAGAUGUUCUGUCCUUUUUGUGCAAUAAUUUUCGUUUUUCCAGAUUAGAAUGGGACCAAGAGAGACCUGUUAGGUGCUCUUGAGGCCAGUGGUAGAACGGCUGUCCUAAGCCACUGUCUGCAUUUUCUGCUGCCCACUUGCAUGGGGCAGGCUGCUGACAAGUGAGGAUCCUCCUUUUUGGUUUGGGGAUGAUCCUGGGUCAUAAACCUCUGGAAUUUCUACUGGAUGUUAUCAGGAAGUGGAUCUGUAAGUGGAUCAAACUGAAGGCCCUCUGUACAAAAUGCCAUAUUCAGACAUUUUUAGCUAUUCAGAGGGAAGCUGGGACUGAGGACAGAGGAGCAGUAGUUUUUACCUUCAGAUAAGCUUUACAGAAAGCCAAUAGCCUCUAAGGUUUUUGCAUCUCUGAUAGAAGUCUGUCAAUCAAAGAUAACAAGUUCUUCCCAAGAAGAACAGAAAAGAGAAAUCCAAAAAAUCUUACUAAAAUGACUUAGAACUAAAUGAAAAUGUGGAGAAGAUUUUAACACUUUUUAAGAUCUUUCUUUCUCUUGUUUGCCUGUAGAAUUCCUGAAUUACUGAGCUUGCUGUAUUUGCAAAUAAAAC